AUGGCAGUUCAGCGCCUCCUCCUAACCCUGGUCCUCACCACCAUCGUCUCGCUCACCGGCACAAUUGCUGACAAGCCCCUUGAUUCUUACUGCCUAAGUACGAUCAACGACACCAGCACCGGCAGCACAGAGCACCGUCUGGCAAUCAUUGGCAAGCUCGUCCACAACCUCCGCGAUGGAGCCAUGCUCAACGGCGGCUUCCACUAUGACAGCUUCGGUGCUCCGCCGGACAAGGUAUUUGGCCUCGUCAUGUGCUACAUCGACUACAACUGGGAUAUGUGCAAGAGAUGUUUGGCGUUGGUGCUCUAUUUCCCGAGGGAGCAGUGCCGCGACGGAUGGACGGCUGGGGUCAUGUACGAUGCGUGCAUCUUAAGGUACUCAAACGAGUCUUCCUUCUCCGGUCCCGAUACGACUCAGGACGUCGGGCCAUACUCGCUCGUCCCUGACAAUGACAUGAACUACGCGCGGUGGAAGCUGAUGAACCGGCUCGCUGCCGAGGCCUCCAGGUCGUCGCUGAGGCUCGCGAACGGCAGUCUGCCGUAUACGGACUCGCAUGGCACCUCGCUGGAGAUGUACGGGGCGAUGCAGUGCUCCAGGGACUUGCCACCAAAUGACUGCGCCGAUUGUCUGCUGAGUCAACUUACGAAUUUUACGAUUGAAGUGAGAGGUGACACCAUGACGACGGCUUAUAUCAAGUCCUACACUUGCUACGUUACAUACAGCAUGGAGCCCAUCGAAAUCCGAAGCCCUUCAACUGCAGAACCGCCGGAAAUCCCCAGCCCUUUACCUGCAGAACCGCCGGAAAUCUCCAGCCCUCCACCUGCAGUUGCAGGAUUUGUGUCUGCGCCCAGCUCAAAGCACAGCAAAAUGAAUCUCAUAAUCGCAGUCUCCAUAUCCAUGGUUGUCGGUUCCAUCUUCUGUCUGGCCAUAUUGGCGUGGUGCUAUUGGCGGUGGCAGAAAGAAAGAACUGAUGAGAUGGAGCAAGAGGACAUCUUUGGCGAUGAGGAAAUGAAAGAGGAGUUCAGGAAAGGGGCCGGGCCAAGGCGAUUUGGCUACCAUGAGCUCGCAGUUGCCACCGGCAGAUUCGCAGACAGCGAAAAGCUUGGGGAAGGAGGUUUCGGUUCAGUAUACAGAGGACACAUAAAAGACUUAAAUCUUGAUGUCGCGAUAAAGAGAGUGUCCAAAAGUUCAAAACAAGGGAGGAAGGAGUAUGUCUCGGAGGUGAGGACAAUAAGCCGUCUCAGGCACCGUAACCUUGUACAACUCAACGGCUGGUGCCAUGGUCGUGGCGAGCUUCUCCUGGUCUAUGAGCUAAUGCCCAAUGGCAGCCUUGACACACAUCUUUACAACACAGACAAGAAGUUAUCAUGGACAACGAGAUACGAUAUUGUGCUUGGCAUUGGGUACGCACUUCUGUACCUCCAUGAAGAGUGGGAGCAGUGCGUCCUGCAUAGGGACAUCAAGCCAAGCAAUGUGAUGCUGGACGCGUCCUUCAACGCUAAGCUAGGUGACUUCGGGCUCGCAAGGCUCGUCGACCAUAGCAAAGGAUCACACACAACGGAGCUUGCGGGCACGACAGGGUACAUGGACCCGGAGUGCAUGCGCGUAGGCAGGGCCAGCAUCGAGUCCGACAUCUACAGCUUUGGUGUCGUCCUACUCGAGAUCUCCACCGGUCGUAGACCCGUUGUGGUUUUGCCAGACAACACAGUGAUCCACUUGGCGCAACGGGUCUCGGAGCUGUAUGACCAUGGAAGGAUCCUUGACGCGGCGGACCAACGGCUGAACGGGGAGUUCGACGUCGGAGAAAUGGAGCGUGUGAUGGUGGUCGGGCUCCUGUGCACAUGCCAUGACUCCAGCCUGAGGCCGUCCAUAAGGCAGGCCAUCAACGUCUUGAGGUUCGAGGCUCCAUUGCCGAACCUCCCAUUGAAGAUGUCGUCGGUUGUCUCUCCAGGCAUUCCUCCUCCAUUUUUGCUUUCAUCUGGUCAGAACUCGGGACUGACGGGCUGUGCCUCGAUCGGCUCCGCUGAACAACGAAAUGCUUGA